AUGUCGGCGACCGAUUCGGGUGUUCAAGAUCCCCUCCUCUCGCUCCGACGCGCGAUUGCUGCAGGUAGCCUCCCAACGCCGACGACGUCCUCCGAGCUGUCAGACCAGCAUGCGACAGACAACCUCGCUCAGGCGACGCACCUGUUCUUCUCCCAGCCAUCUCCCCACACAUUCCCCUUGACUGAGCCGACGCGCUUUGUCUCCAACACGACAGAAACCGCCGUCGAUCUGCGCAGUAUCUUUUUCGCGUGGCAGAAGAAGGAUGUUGCGAUUCCAGAAUACAUUGCCUCUGCGCAAGAGCUCAAUGAGGCGCUCAAGCAGAAGGAGCCUAAGUAUGGUGGAAAGGAAGAAGUGAUUCAGAAUCUUGUUUUCGUCGAGCGCCUAGAUCUCAUCACAUGGUUGGAAGGCGCUUCCGAUGAGAGCGAGCACAUCAAGCCUCUCGAGGGCGCUGCUGCUGCUGCCGAGGCUGCUGCUGUAGCUGCAGGUCAAGCUCAAGCAGAGGCUGCCGCCGGUGUGGCCUCUGGCGCUGCUGGAGGCAUCUCGACAGUUCCUAGUGGAGCUGCGGCACCUGGCCAGCCCGGUCGCCCGCACAAACAGAUUGACCCUCGACUACAGGAGAUCUACAAUGGAGAGCGUAAGACGGGUGAUCGGAAUACAUUGCUUCGGGGAAUCAAACCAACGGACUUCUCCCACGUCCGUAAAAGUGCUGCCAUCUUCUUCGACCGUAGCCGUGACCGUCCCGGCCAGCCUGGUGCGAAACCUGGUGUCAAGCCCUCAUCAAUGGUCCCCGCACCCUCGGCUGGACUGUCCAUGCCAUCUCGAAAAUCCAGCUCUCGUCCCGACCCCAUCAUUCUUCUCUCUCCCUCCGCCUCCUCUCUCAUCCGCAUGUCGAACAUCAAGUCCUUCCUACAAGAUGGUGUCUUUGUACCACCAGAUCACCCAACCUUGAGCAUGUCUACCGAGGCCAACUUCAUGGAACUGAAGCGACCACUGCGUCUGAAGAACGACCCCUCCAAUCCCUCUGCCAAUGCCAUCGGCUCGGCUGCCCGGGGCCCCAAACCAACCAAAUUCAUUCUCGUUGACGGCACAACCAAUUUCAAGCCAGAGUACUGGUCACGUCUCGUGGCCGUCUUUACUACCGGUCAGACCUGGCAGUUCAAAUCGUACAAGUGGUCUUCACCACCUGAACUGUUCAAACAUGCUACUGGUAUCUACGUUGGCUGGCGUGGCGAGGACAUCCCGGCUACAGUUAAGGGCUGGGGUCGUGGAGUUGAUACCUUUGCUGUCGAACGGUGGGAUGAGAAGAGCGGCAUUCAGGGUGGUGGCCGCUGGCGGGAUCGAGAAGUUGUCGAGGGUAUUUGGACUGCUAUUGAGGAAGGCAUGAGACUUCGAGGAUGGGGAUCGAAAUAG